CCAGCCCCCCCGCGCGCUAGACCGGCCUGCCUCGGCUCAACGGGAGAGGUAAGCGCGGCAGUUGCUGCUGAGGCUCCUGUUCUCCCUGCUUGGAUUUUACCGACGCUGGGACACACGGACGCUGUCCGGUCAGCUUUUUUUUUUUUAAAGAGGGGAGACUUAUUUUGGGAUGUUCCUUCCUUAACGCAGUCGCCUCGUGUUUUUCUUUGUAGUUUUUAACCACAGCGGUGUCGGUUAACGUUGGAGGAAAGGAGGAAAAAAAUCGUUCAGUCACCUAUUAGCCGACGGUGGCUAACUGCAACUAGCUUCCCGAGGACGAACGCAUCGUUCCGAGUUAAUCUCCGCUGACUCGUUCGGCGUAAGCCGCUUGUUCAUUGCUGUUUAUCUCCAACUCGGUGAGCAAAAGUGGAUGCUUUUAGUCGCCGCCCAUGACUGCCGGGAGUGGGGCGGCGGUUUUCUUCCAAGCGGGCUGCACGGAAGGAUUGAUCUUCGGCUAGCCUCGGCGGCGGAGCUUCGCGCUGCUCCGGGGAUGUCGGUGGCGGCGGUAGCAGCACAAGCUAACGUCGGUUGCUCCGUGUGAAGGAGGAAGGGGGGGUGAGAGAGAGUGUGCGGGGAAGUGAGGCAACACUUCGGCUCAUAUGAGGGGGGGCUUCGUUGCCCUCAUGUUGGUUUAAAUCCCGGAGUUGAUGCCGCUGGGAAGAACCUGGCAAUCAUUAAACAGAUCCGGACUGGGGAUAUAUAUACAUAUAUAUCAGAAACGCAUCGGAGGGAUUGUUUUUGCACAUCCAAAGUGGAUUUCGGCCUCAUAUUCUGGCUCAUCGGGGGACACUUCUGACACCUACUACUGCAAGAUUCCCUCUCCCAGUCGCCGACCUCCGCCCCCCCGUCCUGCUGCACCCUCUAAUGCGGAGAUUUUAGCAGCACCGGCCACCAAAUCCCCCCCUCUCCCCACCCCAUCCCUCCCCUCCCACGGCGGCCGGACAUGCUGAAGUGUAUCCCCCUGUGGCGAUGCAAUCGCCACGUCGAGACCGUGGACAAGCGCCACUGCAACCUGCAGACGGUCCCCGAUGAGAUCUUCCGCUACAGCCGCAGCCUGGAGGAGCUUCUCCUCGACGCCAACCAACUCAAAGAGCUGCCGAAGCCUUUCUUCAGACUACUGAACCUACGGAAGCUCGGCCUGAGCGACAAUGAGAUCCAGAGGCUCCCGCCGGAGGUGGCCAACUUCAUGCAGCUGGUGGAGCUGGACAUCUCCAGGAACGAAAUUCCAGAAAUCCCUGAGAGCAUUAAGUUCUGCCGGGCCUUGGAGAUCGCGGACUUCAGUGGAAAUCCUCUUUCCAGGUUGCCAGACGGCUUCACUCAGCUGCGAGCGCUGGCUCACCUUUCACUCAACGAUGUCUCGUUACAGACUUUACCCAGCGACAUUGGAAAUCUGGCCAACCUGGUGACGUUGGAGCUCAGGGAGAACCGGUUGAAGUCUCUGCCCACGUCACUCUCCUUCCUGGUGAAACUGGAACAGCUGGACCUCGGCAGCAAUGAACUGGAAGUUUUGCCGGACACACUCGGCGCCCUCCCCAACCUGAGGGAGCUGUGGUUGGACCGUAAUCAGUUGUCUUCAUUACCACCUGAGCUGGGAAACCUUCGACGGCUGGUGUGUCUGGACGUCUCUGAGAACCAUUUGGAGGAGCUUCCCUCGGAGCUGAACGGCCUGCUGGCUCUCACCGACCUGCUGCUCACGCAGAACCAGCUGGUAGUCAUCCCGGACAGCAUAGGCUCUUUAAAGCAGCUGUCCAUCCUGAAAGUGGACCAGAACCGACUGACUCAGCUGACCGACUCUUUAGGAGAGUGUGAAAACCUCACCGAGCUUAUUCUGACGGAGAAUCUUUUACAGUCACUUCCUCGCUCGCUGGGCAAGCUGAAGAAGCUGACGAACCUGAAUGUAGACCGGAACCGGCUCGGCAGCGUGCCCAAAGAACUUGGCGGCUGUGCCAGCCUCAACGUCCUCACGUUGAGAGAUAACCGCCUGAGCAAACUGCCCGCUGAGCUGGCGGACGCCACCGAGCUGCAUGUGCUGGAUGUGGCUGGGAACAGAUUACAAAACUUGCCUUUUGCCCUGACAAACCUCAACCUGAAGGCCAUGUGGCUCGCCGAGAACCAAUCGCAGCCGAUGCUCAAGUUCCAGACCGACGACGACGAGCGAACAGGAGAGAAAGUGUUGACCUGCUAUUUGCUGCCCCAGCAGCCGUCGCCAAGCCUCGAAAACCUGCUGCAGAACAGCGUGGACGACAGCUGGACGGACAGCAAUCUGAACCGAGUGUCCGUCAUCCAGUUCCAGGAGGAGACCAAAGCUGAAGAGGAGGAGGACGAGGAAGCUGCAGCGGAGCGCAGAGGCCUCAUGCGCAGAGCCACUCCUCAUCCCAGCGAGCUGAAGGUGAUGAAGAAGGGGAUCGAGGACCGGAGGAAUGAGGUCUACACAUCCAGACCUGAUGGGGAAGAUGAGUCCCUUGACCCACAGGAGAAACGACUCAGUGACGUUUCAAACCAGAGCCACGACUCCCAGGUGUCCAACAGCACCCUGUCGGCCACGUCCCACGAGGAGAGACACAAUCUGGUCGCUCCCUCGCAGAGAGAGUACCUGACGGACGGCCAGUCGCCUCAGGAGGAGGAGGAGCUGGAUGAGAUGGAGGUGGAGUACAUUGAGCCAACCGUGCACUUUGCAGAAGAACCAAUCAUCCGCGGUGGAGACGAAGACGACGAAGAGGACCGGGAGAACGGCGAGAGGAGCGACGAAGACUACGAGAGGCCGGCGUUCCCCCCCGAGAAGCAGCGGCUGAUCAGAAAGGACACGCCGCAUUACAAGAAGCACUUCAAAAUCAACAAGCUGCCCAAACCCGAGACCGUGGCUGCCCUGCUGCAGGGCUUCAGCCCCGAUGGCCUCCACUCCCCGACGCGGGCUGCUGAGGACGAGCGGGAGGAGGAGGAAGAGGAGGAGGAGGAGGAUGAGGAAGAGCAGAUUGUAGGCACCCCUCAGCACCGUCACAGAGUAGAAGAGCUGGAGGAGCUCCGGCAUCACGGCACCUCCAGCCAAGCGAAGGGGGUGUCAUUUGAUCAAGUCAAUAAUCUGCUGAUUGAACCUGCUCGAAUUGAGGAGGAAGAGCACUCGCUGAUCAUUGUACGGCAGUCUGGCGGGCUCGGGAUCAGCAUAGCUGGAGGAAAAGGAUCCACACCUUACAAGGGAGACGACGAGGGGAUCUUCAUCUCCAGAGUGUCAGAGGAUGGUCCUGCAGCAAGAGCAGGAGUGAAAGUGGGCGAUAAGCUUCUAGAGGUGAACGGCGUGGACCUCCAUGAAGCGGAGCACCACACCGCGGUCGAGGCUCUCCGCAGCUCCGGCGCCACGGUUUCCAUGACGGUGCUGCGGGAGCGCAUGGUGGAGCCCGAGAACGCCAUCACCACCACGCCGCUGAGGCCCGAGGACGACUACUUCCCCCGGGAGCGGCGGAGCAGCGGCCUCGCCUUCAGCCUGGAGAGCAGCCCCAGCGGACCCCGGCAGCGGUUCUCCACCUGCCUGAUCCGCAACGACAAGGGCCUCGGCUUCAGCAUCGCCGGGGGCAAAGGCUCUACGCCGUAUCGCACAGGAGACACGGGAAUCUACAUUUCCAGGAUCGCUGAGGGCGGAGCCGCACACAGAGACAGCACGCUGCGCGUCGGGGACAGGGUGAUCUCUAUCAAUGGUGUAGACAUGACAGAGGCCAGGCAUGACCAGGCAGUAGCGCUCCUUACCGGCACCUCCCCCACCAUCGCGCUGCUGGUGGAGCGAGACCCGAGCGCGCCGGGAGGCUCUCCGGGUCAGAACCGGGCUCGGGCCCACUCCCCCCCGCCCCCAGAACCCUCAGCCUCUCCAGACCAAGACGAGGACGGCCUUCAGGGGAACCACAUGGGAAAGCUGGAGGACGAGUAUCCCAUAGAGGAGGUGAUCCUGGUGAAGUCAGGCGGCCCUCUUGGACUGAGCAUCGUUGGCGGCAGCGACCACGCCAGUCACCCUUUCGGCAUCAAUGAACCCGGGGUGUUCAUCUCAAAGGUGAUUCCUCACGGUUUGGCGUGUAAAAGCGGCCUGCGAGUCGGCGACCGCAUAUUGGAGGUGAACGCCAUCGACCUGCGGCACGCCACGCACCAGGAGGCCGUGCGGGCCCUCCUGGCCAACAAGCAGGAGAUCCGCAUGCUGGUGCGGCGGGACCCUUCGCCGCCCGGGAUGCAGGAGGUUCUGAUCCAAAAGCAGUCGGGAGAGAAGCUGGGGAUCAGCAUCCGUGGAGGAGCGAAAGGCCACGCUGGAAACCCCUUCGACCCCACAGACGAGGGCAUCUUCAUCUCCAAGGUGAGUUCGACCGGCGCGGCGGCCAGAGAUGGCAGGCUGCAGGUGGGCAUGCGCAUCCUGGAGGUGAACAACCACAGCCUGCUGGGAAUGACCCACACAGAGGCGGUCAGAGUGCUCCGUGCCGUCGGAGACUCUCUGGUCAUGCUGGUGUGUGACGGCUUCGACCCGCGUAAAGUCGCCACUGUCGAGGCGUCUCCUGGGAUCAUCGCCAACCCGUUUGCAACCGGCAUCGUACGGAAGAACAGCCUGGAGAGCAUCUCGUCUAUAGACCGGGACCUGAGCCCAGAGGAGAUGGAGAUCAUUCAGAAGGAGUCUGAGAUGGUGAGAGAGACGUCGCAGUGGGAGCGAGAGGAGAUGGAGAAAGUGGAGCGCAUGCGUUUGGAGCGCGAGGAGGCAACUCGCCUGCUAGAAGAGGAGACGGAGAACCUUGGAACCGGACCUUUAAAACUCGACUACAAAACCCUGGCGGCGCUCCCCACCACCAGCCUGCAGAAAGUCAACAGAUUCUCUGUCUCUCUGACCGCUCCCAUGGAGGCCCCCCUGCCGGCCAAUCACGGCGCCCCUUUAGCACCUGCGGGCUUCGGGUUGGGCAAACCCACCGAGCCCCUGGCAGACCACAGCUAUCUCCACGAUUUCCAGUUCUCCCAUAACGGGACGUCCACCGUCAGCGACGGCCCAGGCUCGGCUUCAGCUGUUGACGCGGCGUCAGCGGCUUCUGGGGAGGAGGAAGAGGAGGAGGAGGAGGAGUGCCUGGUGGACUCGCAGCCCAUGUGCUUUAAUGAGAACCCCUUCCUGGUGGCUAAUCGUAAAGGGAAAGGCCGUCCACCCGCUGAGCAGAUCCUGUCGGGGCCUCCUGUGGGCUACGGCCGGCAGGGCAAACUGCAGCCCUGGUUGUUCAGCAAGGCGCCUUCAUCUGAUUACGGCAGGACGGACAGCCCCGUCAGGGAGGCGCCGUAUUCUCCCACCAUCCAACCGCCCAGCCACCACUCGUCCAACAGCUCCCUGUGUGCAGGCAGGGAGACCCGCUUUGCAAACAUUCAUUACACUGCCACUCCCACCGCUAAGGACAGCACUUCAUCAUCCACGCGGCCCGGUGCCAUCCAGCCAGUCGGACGCGUGUGGCCCUCCGGCUCCCCCGGCACGCCAGAGCGCCGCAGUCCUAACCCCUUCCAGCAUGGCCCCUCCCCAUUCAACUCCCAGACCUCUCCUCGCGCCCCCUCCCCCUCCUCGCCCGACGAGUUCCCAAUGAAUGUCAAGCAGGCAUACAAGGCGUUCGCCGCCGUGCCUCGCUCGCUGGCCGUGCUGGAGCCGCCGCAGGAUCUGUACGGUGUGAGGAACAAUUUUCCCCCGAAACAACCUUCGCCAGAGCCAGCGUUGAACGACGACGUGUUUGAUGAUAGAAGCGACGGUCAGGAAGGAGGCGGCAGGGUCUCCCCCCGCGCCUCGCUCUCCUCCGACCGACGGGAGUACAUGAGCCUGGCAGCGGUGCCGCGCUUCUCCAGAACCUCCGCGGAUCCGCAGAGCCCCGCCCGUCUCGGAGGUAAGAGCAGCCCGGAGCAGCGCUCCUUCAGGGACAGGCAGAAAUACUUUGAGAUUGACGUGAAGCAGCAGACGCCAGAGAAACCCAAGCCUCGGGUCUCCCUCGUGGGGGAGGACGACCUGAAGAAGAUGAGGGAGGAGGAAGAGAGGCGGUUUGAGCAGCGAGCGCGGGAGUACCUGAUGGACGAGGACGAAGAGGACGAGGAGGAGGACCUGGCUAAGCAGGUGGAGCACAUGAAGGCUACAGGAAAGGUGUUGUUGGACGGGGUUGAGUACAAGGUGGAGUCCGUGUCCACGCCGACUCAGAAGUGCUCCACGCCACUGAGCUACAGCGGCAGCUCGGGGCCUUCGUCGGUGGACGGGAAGGCCGACUCCCAGAGGAACUCGCUGGAGGACGGCUUCAGGCCGGAGCAGAGACCGAACUCCAUGACGGGUCUGAUAUCGGCGUACCCCGGAGAGUCGGCGGCUCCCAUCCGCACGGCCAAAGCAGAGCGCCGGCAGCAGGAGAGGCUCCGCAUGCAGAGCCCCGAGCUGACGCUGGCCCCAGACAGGGACCUGUCGCCUGCAGAGAAGCGAGCGCUGGAAGCUGAGAAGAGGGCCAUGUGGAGGGCAGCACGGCCCUAUGGCCUAGAGGAGGAUGUUAGACAGUAUGAGCAGGACCUGGCAAAGAGGCUCUACCAGGCCAGAGUGAGGGCUUCUCAGGGCGCUGCCCCCCAGCCCCAUGCUUCCUCCUCUUCCUCCUCCUCUGCAGCCUCCCAGCUCAGAAUGAAGUCUCUGGAGCAGGACGCGCUGAAGGCUCAGAUGGUCAUCGCCAAGUCUCGGGACGGGAAGAAGCGCGGCGGCGCGCUGGACCAGCUGACGGAGUCGCCGUCGCCGGCCCCGACGCCGUCCCCCACCCCCAUGGAGGAGCUCAGUCCUCGAGCGUUAACCUCUCCAGGCAGGCUGUCCCUGUCAUCAAAGAAGUUUGACUACCGACAGUUUGCCGCCAUUCCUUCUUCCAAACCCGUAUACGACAUUCAGACCCCUGAUGCAGCAGAGGAAGUGCAAUACAUCGACUCCUCCACCAACGCCGGGCUCGGCCCCGAGGUGGAGGUCCCCGCUCCGCUGCCCGCCACCUCGGCCCUGGAGGAGAUGGCGCUUUACAGCAACAAACGCAAACUGAGGCAGGGCCGCCGCAGCCUGGAAACCGCCGUGCCCACGUAACACAACCAAAAAACAGAAGCCGGACCGGAGUCCACCGGAGACGAGCGCUCCAACUAUAACCACUGCAGAGACUCUGAACGCUUUUAGUCGCCACACAUAGAUACUCACUUAUAUCCUGCGUGCCGGUCUUGCCUUUGUAGUCUGUGGGUAAGUUGGCGAGCUCCUUAACAGCUGCUGACAGGGGGGAGAGAGUCGGCGUGGUUAGCUAGGAUUGCUACUUACAGACGAAUUAUUUUCUUAAAUCUUCUGUUUGCCUCGUAGAUCAGAUCUAUUUUAACUUGAGGGUGAUCAAACUUUUUAGUUUUUGUUUUUUUUUUUUAUUUCUGCACCAUUGUGAUAUUGUUGUUGUUUAUGUAAAAAGACAAAGGAGAAAAAAAAAAGCCUAGUGGAAACAGAAGUGAAAAGAAAUGGGUUAUAGUUUUACUAACUUCAGCGAUUAGAUUGUAAAGCGUCUGUUUUUAAAAGAUUUGGGGAUGUAAAUAUUAGCUGAGGAGGGAACAGCUUGCUACCUUCAUCGUCGCACAUCGUGGAAAAUCAUCUUCUCUCUCGAAGCACAUAUCAUGCCCUCACUGCCACUGGGUCAUAAUUUAUUGUUUUAUCAUUUUAAUCAAAUUGAAGGACUUCGUCCUACAGUUUUUUCACUCACGAGGAGAGCUGUGACUGGGCUCACAAAGUUUUUAACCCAUUACCUGCGUAUCACUACUUGCAUUUACUUUACAAAACACACUUAAAAUCGCAGCGGGGAAUUGUGGCAAACAUGACUAAAAAAUGUUUGGACAUGUCGCACAUAAGCGAACUGAGACGCAUCGAGAAAGCCGGUCGCUCUCACUUCUGCAGCCGGUGUUCGGAUUCAGCUGCGUCACAUUCCCCCGUAGAGAGAGAGAGAGAGAGAGAGAGGCUACACUGGGCGAGCGGAAACUCGCCGUCUGAGAGCGCUCCCUCCUGGGAUCGUGCGUUUUAGCGUCGUUUAUCAACGGUACUCAUCCUGCUAAGGGUAUUGUGUUUUAUAUUGUUAUUAAAAAAAUCAAUGUGAACCAUUAAUACUACCCCAGCAUCUUCGCAUUGUCUGGAGUUUUACCACCGUGAUGUGAAGGUAGCAGGUGUUUUAUUUUUUAUUUUUCUGACUAUGGUUAAUUUAAAUCUGAUGCCACUGAAAAAUCAUUUGUCGUGUGAAUAAUGUACAAAAAUAAAACUGAAGGGAAGAACAGAAGAUGUGGGUUUGAAAACUGAGCCUGUCUGGACUGCUGAAGCAUCGGGGGGGGGGACGUUGGUGUUGGGAUGCUACUUCCUUUAUGUCGGUUUAAGUGGGAGAGCUGCGAGAGGCUAAGCCAAUCAGAAACAGACGUUCGGCUCGUGGGUUUCUCUGCAGAAUCACAGCGUCGUAGCUUUUUAAUUUAAUCUAGGGUCUAUGAUUAGUUUUACCAUUUUGCUCUGACUGAAAUUCAGUUUGAUAUCAUUUGCUAUGUGUUUUUUUUUUUUUAACUAUCUGUAGGCAACUAUUUUGUUUUCUUUUUUUCCCCUGAUGGGUUUCACUACAUUGAUGCCGUGUUUUCUGUUUGUUGUUUUUGUCUCGUUCUUUUUGGGGGCUUUAACUUGCUAACAGGCCAGAGGGUGCGGGGGUUAUAGCUCAUAUAAGACUGUAACUAGUGAAUUUGUACAACCAAAGAAGUCUAUUUUGUGGUUCAGGAAUAAUAAAUUUUACUUUUCAUUUAAGAAGCGAA